AUGGCCGGCAACGCCCCUGUCUUCUCGCAGAGUUUCCUGCCUCUGCCAGAGCAUGUGCAGCCAUCUACUCCUGCCGGCGCCUUCCACGACACUAUCGCUGCCACCUAUCACCAGCAGCAACACCAGCAGCAGCAACACCAGCAGCAGCAACAACAGCAACAGCACGACCUACUGUCCACCUUGUCCUUCAAUCUUGCUGUCAACCAUGCUCAGCAAACCUCGGUAUCGUCUACCGGCUCGACAUCACCUCCGCCCGUCCACCUCAGCCCCCAUGCCCCGGGCGCCGUCAACGCAGCCGCUGGGUGGGACCUGGCCUCAGCUCACCCAAGCCCGGCUGCUGCCCCGGCCAACUCAAAUAGCCAUGAUCUAACCGCCAGCCUCUACCAGUGCGCAGACUGCCUGAGGAGGUAUGCCCGCCCCGAGCAUCUACAGCGGCAUAUUGCCACCCACACCCUAGGAAAGAGGUUCGCGUGCGACGUGUGCGGCAAGGCGUUCGGGAGGGCAGAUCUCUUGAAGAGACACAGGGCCAACCACGAAGAAGAUCCUACCGGCAUGAAGAAACGCCGUCUCGCCUCCGCCCCGGGUGCUGCCCGCGUGGCCCAGGCUUGCGCCGGUUGUGCCCGGGCCAGAGUCAAGUGCGAAGAGGUGAAGCCGUGCGCCCGAUGCAGGACCCGUGGCAUCCCGUGCAAGUACAGCUCCUCCGCCGGCGUUUCUCCCUAUCACUCCAUCCACCGACGGACUACGUCGCCCGACGGCUCUGGCAGGGGUACUUCCCGGCAAGCUAGACCUAACAAAUCUCCAUCGCCUGGAUUCACCCAAGAGCAGCCGCAGAAGUCGCAACUAUACCAGAUGCCCACAUCAGCCACAAGCCCUCCCAUAGGCAGUGUAGAUGUGGUUCCGGGAAGUUACCCCGAUUUCUCUGGCGGCAGUGCUGCCUUUGGCUUCAGCACCGCUCAGCCAAGCUUAGUUAUGCAGUCUGAAGGAACGCUUGCUGCCGUAACACCCAGAAAUUUCACCCCCGAUGUCAACGUGCCCUUCUCGGACUUCAUGCGGGGCAUUCUCUAUCAACAUGGCACGGACACACCUUCCGAUACCACGUCAUUACAUGGUCUAGCCGUCCUCGAUUUUUGCAAUACUUCGAAUCUUGAACUCGACGACAUUGAUUUUAGCUUCCUUGGAAACUGGGGUAUUGCUAGGGACGGCGCCUCGCUACAGCAGGCACCACAGCUACACCAGCACCAACAGGAGCAGCAGGUAGAGACCCAGCACCAGCAGUACCAGCACGAGUAUCAGCAACAAUGCGAUGAGGAUUCUUGCACUAGUGAUGGGGACUCGCCCGGCAUAUCUAGCUUGAGGCAUAGGCUUGUCAAGCUGUGGGACGAUGAUCGCCUGAGGUGGGCCCCUAACCCCCAAAAUACAGGUUACGACGACCAGGAGAACCUUCCGGUGCCCUCGGCCACCGCCGCCAUGGCCGAAGCGGCAAGCUUCGCAUACGACGCACUAGGGGCGGUGUCAUCGCGGUCAGUGCCCCGUCGACGACUGGACGGGCCAAGCCGUGACCGGAUCCUAGCAAUCGUGUUAGCCACCCGCCGCAAAAACACCACAAUGCCCUCGAGUUAUAUCCACAUACCAUCCUUCAGCGUUGGCGAUAGCCCCCCAGACCUCCUCGCCUGCUGCGCCGCGGCCGGUGCCACCAUGACUUCCAACUUGACACUUCGCAAGUUUGGCUUCGCCGUCCAAGAAGCAGUCGGGAUUGUGAUACCGAAAAACUUUGAGGAUAACAACCAGCGCGCAUCAGACAGAGCGCUCGUCCAGGCGGUGGUUCUCGGGCAGGACAUUGGUCUUUGGAGCGGAAACAAACGCAAGAUAGAAAUCGCCGAGUGCCAUACCGAUAUCCCCAUCACAAUGAUGAGGUACAGGAACCGAUUCAAAAUGGCUUCAUAUCCAGUCAUCCAUGUGGCUGCCAGCGACUCUGGCGCCGAACUGGAGGCUAAAUGGACGCAACGGCGGGAUCAGGAAUCGCUAGUAUUUCACUGUUUCAUGCGAGACGCCCAGAUUUCUUUCACUUCGCUCAGGGGGUCGCACAUGUCAUAUGCCGAAUUGACACUACCACUACCCGCGCCGUCCCAGGUCUGGGCCGCCAGAGACGCCAGCAAGUGGCAAGCCCAAUACCUCGCCACCAUGGCCGCUGGCGGAGGCGAUCAUGGCAGUACCAACGAACGCGACCCUUGCCCCGGCGACCUUAUCCGCGACCCAGAACUCCUGGCCAGGAACUACCACCGCAUAGAUAUCCGGCUCGCCAUCUCGAUAUAUCUCCAUGGCUUCUGGUCCAUGAUAUGGGAGCUUCGCCAAAUGGCCGCCGCGUACGGCCACAGCAUUUUUUCCUCGCCGGCGGCAGGCGGCGGCCCCGACGGCGGCAGCAAGCCCGGCGCCUCCUCCAGCGCUGUCCUGCUCCUGAAUUCGCGGCACCAGGGCCUCUGCAGCACGCUCGACUCCUUCGCCGUCGACACGAUGGGCUGGUCCGAGCUCACCGAGGCCGAGUCCCUCACGCUGCAACUGCUCCAGCUGCACCUCCACGUCUCGCUCGACGACCUCCAGUCGCGCAGGGCCCUGUGGCACGCGGGCCAGAUCCUGCGCCUGGCCCGCGCCUUCCCGCGCGGCCGCCUCAAGGACUCGUCCGCCAUCGCCGUCCACCACGCCGCCCUGGCCCUGUGGACGUACGGCGUCGUGACCAGGGCGGCGGCCGUCGCGUCUGCCGCCCCAACCCCUUCCCCGCGCACCCAGCGCUCCUCCACCUCGGACCGCGACCGCGACUGCGGCGGCGGCGGCGGCGGCGGCGACGGCCUCGUGUUCCUCGACGGGCCGCACUCGCCCCAGGUCGCCGACUUCGUCGCCUUCGGCCAGGGCCGCGCAGCGAUCCACGCCUCGCGGGACCUUCUGGCCCAGGAGGUGCUGCGGGCAAACUUUACCGGCGAGGACGGGAGCGGCGACGGGAGCGUGCUGCCCACCAUCGAGAAUCUCUGCUGCCUCCUCGCAAGGCUGGGGAGCGCCGCCGACGAGAUCAGGAAGCGUUAG